AGUCACUUCAGGCAGUCUAUAGUCUGUGUGCGGAACAGCAUAACAACACCAUACACCAUACAGCAUCUUAGGGACACCUGGAAUACGCUCGUCAACCAAAGAUCUUAUAAUGACAACGGAUACUUUGGCGUCGCCGGGGACGGAGGCUCUAGAUGCCCAAGGCACGGAGCUGGCGGAGGAGACGCCGAUCCAGAAGUUCUACCGGGAUUCUGUGGUCCUGAUCACGGGAGGAACCGGGUUCAUGGGGAAGGUUCUGAUGGAGAAACUACUCAGGAGUUGCCCCGGAGUCAGUCAGAUUCUGCUGAUCGUGCGACCCAAGAAGGGCAAAGGUGUUCAUCAACGAGUCGACGAAAUCUUUGACGAUCCUCUCUUUUGCAAGAUAGCCACGAAGGCUCGUCACAAGGUAGAGGCAGUCGAAGGAGACUGCUCAUUGCCCGGAUUGGGUCUAUCAGACCAGGACCGAUGUCUUCUGGUGUCCAAGGUGAGCAUCGUCAUCCACGCCGCCGCCACUGUGCGCUUUGACGAGCGUCUGUCCUUGGCCGUCGACAUAAAUGUCCGAGGCACCCAGGAAAUGCUGGACCUCGCCAGGGAAAUGUCCAACCUCAAAGCAUUUGUGCACGUCUCAACGGCGUUCGCCAACUGCCAUCUUCGCGAGGUCGAUGAGAAGUUCUACGCACCUCCGACGCCCUCUGAAGACCUUUGUCAAGUCACACGCUGCAUCAAGCCCGACCUACUGGACAAGAUUACGCCACAGUUGCUACAAGAAUGGCCCAACACAUAUGUAUACACAAAGUCUGUAGCUGAAGACUUAGUUCUGAGGCACAGCAAGAAUCUGCCAGUAGUUGUGUUCAGACCUGCCAUAGUGGUGGCAACCAAUAGUGAGCCGAUUCCUGGAUGGAUCGACAACUUGUAUGGUGCGACUGGUGUGGUGGUCGGAUGUGGUACAGGAGUUCUGCGUACUCUGCAGUGUGACUCGGAAGUCUGCGCACACAUUGUCCCUGUAGACAUGACCUGCGCAGCUAUCAUCGCUACUGCCUGGAAGAUUGCUAACAAAACAGAUGAAGACACUAACCACAAUGUGAUCAAGAGUGAGGUGAAAGAGCCACCCGUAUACAACUACGUGUCUUCGGUAGAGAAACCUAUCACUUGGAGAGACUUCAUGAGUCUCAGCUAUCAACACGGACUUGAAGUGCCACCAAGCCAGACCAUGUGGUACAUCUGCCUUACACUCCACACAAGCUGGUUCAUGCACAAACUGUUUGUGGUUCUCUUCCACUUCCUACCAGCCUUCAUCAUCGACCUCAUAGCAAUGUUGUUUGGGAAACGCACAAAUUUGGUCAACAUAUACAAGAAGAUAAACAAGUUCUCAGAUGUGAUCGCCUACUUUGGUACCCGAAGCUGGGACUUCAAGAACAAGAAUGUUCAGGCUCUGUGGCGUAGCUUAGACCAUCGGGACCAAGAACUAUUCUUCUUCGACAUGUCCCAGCUAGACUGGGAUCAGUACUUCUACUCGUAUACUCGAGGAGUUAGGAAGUACCUCCUUAAGGAUGAUCUCAGCACAGUUCCUCAGGCCAAAAGGAGGCUUAGAAGGUUCUACUGGGCCCACCAAGGACUCAAAACUAUUUUCGCCUAUGUGGGUAUCAACUUGAUCUGGAGCUUAACAAGUGCCCUGCUGACGUAAGACGACAAAGACAUCGACAUCGACGUCGUCAGUUCAUCAGUUUGUCAGCUGUAUGCCUUGCAUCUUGCCAGCUCCAGUGACUGAAAGCAAAACGCUGAGUCACAACAUUACAUUAAUUUGUAGAUUAUUAUUUGUAUAUUUUAUAUUAUUAAAGCUUUAUUUGUUAUUUUUCUUGUCAA